AGAAGCUGGGCACAGCUUGUUGGUAAGAGCCUGACGAGAAAGGGAGAGAAAAAUCCCCCCUUCUGCCCCGCUCCCGAUCCCAAGAUGGCAGCAUCGACAUCCGGCGCUGGCAAGGCUAGCUUGGGUUUCACGGGUUGGCCUUCAUGUCAUGCAGGGGCUGCCGGACGGAAAACCUACCGUCUGUUCGGCGACUCCGGCUGUGAAGAUGGAGAAAAGGACCUACAAGGUGCGGUAGACAAAGCGCCUUGGAGAUGACGUGGGCUGGGAGAAGAUGAGCUGGCCGCGGACGGUCGCUGGGAAGAUCGAGGAAGGGGAGUUCAAGGUGCGGACGAUAGAACACGUCGGGAAGGACACGGAGCGCGAGAUUGAGGCAUUGAUGAGACAGAUGGAAUUCAUGGAGGCAGAGAUGGAGUUUGAGGUGAAGCUCGACGGGUACUGCUGCGAUGUCGAGGACAUGCGCAAGGCUCGCCAGGAGUACCGCGCCAAAUCGCUCUCCGAAGCGGAGGAGCGGUCCCUCCGCCAAAUCCGCGACCUCGCCGCCUCCGCCAUCGCCGACUUCGAAACCCGCGGCAGCCCCGUGCCGGACUACCACGGCCCCAUCAACGUCUUCAGCGAUACCAUCCCCUUCGAGCUUCCCCUCCCCCUGUUCAACGCGUUGAAAUCUUCUGCCCCUUCGCACCAGAAAUUGUCUCGUUGGCCUGGAAUGGGCCUGAUGCUGCCGCCGACCGCUCUCUUGGCCCGUGCACCUCUUUGGACUCCAAGCUUCGCCGCACGGCUUCUGCUCUGCGUCGGUGGCACGGUCAGAUUCUUCGCGAUCGCAACCUUCGGUCCACUAUUAUCUCGGAGCUCAUUUUUAUGCUUGAUAAAGCUGGUGACUUGGAGAGAUACAAGGAGCAAAAGAAGGACCUGCAUAUGGUGUUCAUUGACUUGGAGAAGGCCUACGAUAAGAUACCGCGAAAUGUCAUGUGGUGGGCCUUAGAGAAACACAAAGUCCCAGCAAAGUACAUUACCCUCAUCAAGGACAUGUACGAUAAUGUUGUGACAAGUGUUCGAACAAGUGAUGGCGACACUGAUGACUUCCCGAUUAAAAUAGGACUGCACCAGGGGUCAGCUUUGAGCCCUUAUCUUUUUGAUUUGGUGAUGGAUGAGGUCACAAGGGAUAUACAAGGAGAUAUCCCAUGGUGUAUGCUCUUUGCGGAUGAUGUGGUGCUAGUCGAUGAUAGUCGGACGGGGGUCAAUAGGAAGUUAGAGCUUUGGAGACAAAUCUUGGAAUCCAAAGGUUUUAGACUUAGUAGAACUAAAACCGAGUACAUGAAGUGCGGUUUCAGUACUACUACGCCCGAGGAGGAGGAGGAGGAGGUUAGCCUUGAUGGGCAGGUAGUGCCUCAGAAGGACACCUUUCGAUAUUUGGGGUCGAUGCUGCAAAAGGAUGGGGACAUCGAUGAAGAUGUGAACCAUCGAAUCAAAGCCGGAUGGAUGAAGUGGCGCCAAGCUUCUGGCAUUCUUUGUGACAAAAGAGUGCCACAAAAGCUAAAAGGCAAGUUCUAUAGGACGGCGAUUCGACCCGCAAUAUUGUAUGGCGCUGAGUGUUGGCCGACUAAAAGGCGACAUGUUCAACAGUUAGGUGUGGCGGAGAUGCGCAUGUUGAGGUGGAUGUGUGGCCACACAAGGAGGGACCGCGUCCGGAAUGAUGAUAUUCGAGACAGAGUUGGGGUAGCACCGAUUGCAGAGAAGCUUGUUCAGCAUCGUUUAAGAUGGUUUGGGCAUAUCCAGCGCAGGCCUCUAGAUGCUCCAGUGCAUAGCG